UCAAAAACAUCCGGUGAGUAGCAGUUCUGUAGGUGGAAACACCUCAGAGGAGAAUGUCCAGACUGGUUGGAGCUGACAGGAAGACUACGGUAAUUCAACCGCUCUUGCACAGCCGUGGUGAGCUGAAAAGCAUCUCGGAAUGCAAGAAUCUGAGACUACAGUGGACACGGGCUCACCCAAAACCCGGGUAGUUGAAAGCAAGUAGUCUCAUAUUCCCGUUUUGUUUCGACACCUGAUGUGGUCUUAUACUGUUGCAGCUCAUCCACUUCAAGGUUUAAUGCAUUCGGAGAUGCUUUUCUGCUCACCACGGUUGUAAGGAGUGUUUAUUUGACUUAGUUUAGCCUUCCUGUCAAAUCAAACCAAUUCUAGAUCUAAUCUCAUCUUCGGAGAGUUUUGACUAGCAGUGUCGGCUUUUUCCCUGAAAAUUGUUUAAACUGCGUUUUAUUGUGAGAUAUUCUUCUCCCUGAUGAUGAUGAUGAUGAUGAUGAUGAUAUUGCUCAGUGCACUAUAUGAUACCCCAAUCUGAGUCUGAUGCUCAACGUCAGACUGAAAUCCUGAAACAGCACUUGAUCAGAAUCCAACCAUGUCCAUUUUUAUCCACCGUCAUCCUUUUUAUACAUGAAAUGACGGCACGCGACGUGGACUAAUGAUGUUCUUCUUCUUUUUUUUUCCUUUUUUUUUUUUUUAAAACAGCAAAGCCAAGUAGCUCAAUCAGGAGCUGUAUUUCCAUUCAACACACAACUUUAGCUGGAACGUAACAAAAAACGCCGACACAGCGGCACGUUUUACAGCGUCCGAUCGGUAUCAGGGAUCGGCUAAUGCUCUGAUGUUGUCAAAUAAAUCAACUGUGAUGUGUCGUAUUAGAAAGGGGAUACCUAACAGUAUUUGGUGUGGUCACAGCAAAUCAAAAUGGUACUCGAUUGAGUGUUUACAGUGAUUCUAUACUUGAAUUAGCAAGAAAAUGUGUUUCUGGGAGAACGUGAAGGGAUGUGAUUCUCACAAUCGCAGUGGGAAAUGUUUAGAAAACCAAAGUCUAGGAUAUCGGUGCAAUAUUAUCCAAAAUCAUUCAGCAACACUGCAAGGUUAUGAAGCCUCACCUUUCUGCAGUCGAUGUUUUUGUUUGUUUGUUUGUUUGUUUGUUUUUUUAAAAUCUGUGAACAUCAGGUGCGCUUUUGAGCUGGGAUUCGAGCGCGAUGAAUCUUAAUUCGCAUCAAGUAUCGAAAUCGAACGAGGGCGCUAGCAUUUAAAGGUGCAGUUUGCGAUGCUUAGCACCUUAAAGACUCGAUGCUACCGUAGAUUUUUUUUUUUUAAGGUUGAGUUUCUGAAUCUGAGAGACACUUUUGGACACUUAAAACAAAAGUGAUUCAAAAUAGCUAGGUCGACAUGUUUUAUCCACUCAGCGGACGCUUUUAUCCGAAGUAUCCUUCAGGAUCCAGGGCAAAAGCGAAAUCCAGAGUAAAGUCAGAACAGUUGCAAGCUCUUGUUUAAACUCCAGAUGUGCUCCUCUGACAGAUGUUGAACUAAUCAAUCUGCUCUUCCCUGACUCCCCUUACACGCAUACACGUGAUGUCAUCGACUGUCCACUUCCACUAUGCCAUGUCAGAAGAUUUUUUUAAAUGACUUUUUAUUGAUAUGAAUGGACUUUGGCGAGGAAUACACGGUAAGAUGGCACUGUGCAGGAUUCAAUGUUAGAGAGUUUUUACGCUUUUUUUUUUUUUUUACUAAAAUGUAUUAAGUUAAAUGUCUUUGCUUGACCUUAUAAUGUUUGUCAAUUUUCUCUAUUCACAUCAGGGCCGAUUAUAUUAACGAAGCUUUAAGGACAGUUUUGGAUCAAAAAGGAGAACUCGAUGGAGGGUAGAAAUCUUGUUAUUAAUCAGAUAACCCUCAAUGUAUGCAGGUAAUAUGGCUUUGCCCUCAUCUUGGGGGUGUGUGUGUGAGUGUGUACACAUGUUUAGCCAUAGACUUUCACAACACCUUAACUAGUUAAAAGUGUAAUUCGCUGACGUUAUGCAAAACGGAACUUUUUUUUUUCUUUUUCAUCUAUUUCCGGUUUUUUAUGCUUCACGACUGUAAAUAAUUUUGUGUAAAAAAAACAAAAAAAUCCCAAAAAACAAACAAAAGAAAGGUCUAUUUACUACACUGUAAAUACAUGUGACGAUAUAUUGUAUUAUUUUGCUUUUUGUAAAAGAGUUCAUUGCUGUACAUGUACAACAGAAUAUGACUUCUCGUUGUGUCGGUAACGGAGACGUCCAUCAUGUUCACAGCGCCACGUCGUAAAACCUCCGGGGACAAACAGAUGGUUACAGACCGAAGAUCUAGACAUUUGUAUAGAAACAUGUUGUAUAAUAAAUUCCAGUUACCAUCUGAUUUCAUAUUUACACUCCUUACACUAAUAAAGUCGAUUCUGUCCAGAAUAUUGUAUGUAAUUGGCCUGCACUUGGUGCUGAUUAUUUGACUAACUUUAUUUUACAGAAACAGCCCAACUUGCUGAUUGGUUCCUAUGAUCGGUUUGGUACAAAGGCCCAAAAUAUAACACAUUGUAUUAUAUUAUGUACAAUAUAUUAGGUUUUUGGUUUGAUGUAGAUGCCUAAAAUGUCAUCAAUGCCAAUAAUCUAACAAGGAUUAGAUUUCAUUUCAUUGGUCUCCACCAAGAUGCACACAAAUAAAGACGACGUUAUUGUUAAUAACUAACUACUGUGAAGAACCAGAACCAUGAAAAAAAAAAGAGUUGCAUUUUGGGUCUUUAUAUGAAGCCUGGUAUGUAACCUGCCCAUAAUCUAAGUAAGGAAGAAAAUCAAGUGCAGCAUGCAGUUAUAGGGAAAAGAUCAGCACACCACAGGAUGGGGUGGUGCACUGCUGCCCGAGACACUUUCCAAUAACAGCACACCACGGCAGCAAUUUGUCAAGGAUUACAAUUGGUAUUUAUUGAAGAACGGCUCGUUAUAGCUUUUAUCUUGUUUGUUGUUGCAUCUAAUGUUGUGGAACAUCUGUGAAAGUGUCAUGAUCGUGAAAAAUCAUAUAUGUGUGUGUGUGUGUGUGCGCACUACGGUCAAAAGUUUAGAAACACUCAUUCUUUAUUUUUUAUUUUUUCCCCAUUGUAGGAAAAAAAUAGUCAUCAAAACUCUGGAACUAUGGGAAUUAUGUUGUGAUGAUUAAAAAAAAAUAAAAAAUCCAAAAUAAAUAAAAAAUAACUGAGUAUUUUAGCAUCUUCAAAGUAGACACGCUUUUUCGCCUAGAAUUUCCAGAAAUGUAUUCUUGCCGUUUUCUCGACCGAUUUCUUGAGGAAUUUCCCUGAGAUGAUUUUUAAACCGUAUUAAAGGAGUUCACACCGACGCCGGACUCUUACCGGCUGCUUUUCGGAAAAUUUCGCUCCGAGUCGUCCGUUUGAAACGUACACUUCGGCACGAUUAUAAUUUUGUCUACGACACCGAUUUGACACGUCUAAUCACACACCUUCGGAUCGGAAGGUUUUUAAGAUUAUGAGAAACAUUUCAGUCCAGUGUCCACAAACGUUUGAUCGUUUGUGUGUGUGUGUGUGUGUUCAUUUUAAACACUCUAAUGUGGCUUCCGGUUGAAUUUCUCUUAGAAAAGAGCAGUUUGGUUGAACAGGAUCCAGUGCGAAAUGGCUUAAAGGCUUAAAACUUUAUUCAUUUAUUGGGAGGGGGGAUUAAACUCACACAGAUCUUACACUUGUGUCAACAAUCCUCCAUCAGCAUGUGAACAGUUUAGUAAAACAGUAAGAUCGUCUACUGCGAUAAAUGAUUGUUUAAUUUCAUGCAUAAUAAGUGUCAGAAAUCACAAUUUGUUUAUAAUUUGAAAUGAUUUUGGUGAAGUUUAGACUACUGGCUGGGUCUCAACAUGAUUUUGCUUUUUGGUAAGUGUUAAAUUUCUAUAUAUGAUACAGCAAUUGUGAAAAUUCAGCAGUGAAAAUACUGCAUUUAAAGAUUUUUCCAUUAAGGCUGAGGCAACUUUGUGAGUUCAGGCGGAAUAUCAACCGGCACCAUUUCGGACAUGUAGUGCACUAUGUAGUGUACAGAAGCCUGUGAUGGAUACCUUUUCGUAGUGCGCCUAUAUAGGGAGCAUGAAUCCAUUUGUAACACAGCAUCAAUAGUCCAUUAAUGACCGUUAUUAGCGGCACGUGCGGCUACAGUCAAAGCUAGGCCCGAUACGUGUUCACUGUUAGCACCGGGUUUUUAAGCGUAAAAUUGACUCAUUUAGUGUUAAUAUUGUGUGUUUUUUCUUCGUGUGUCACACAAAAACAAGACAGGUUAAAGUGGUGCCAGUGACUAGAAAAUGCUGCAGUUGCCUCUCAGGCCUCUUGUGCCUCUAUCGGCACUCGCUCUGCUCGGCUGGUGUUGGUACACCUUUAGGAGGAAGAGGAACCCAUGCGAGAGGGCUGAGGAAGGAUUGUUCUGCUCCUCUGCUGCUAGAAAGCAAAGUAUGGCGGUGAACAUUGCGAUACAGGAAGCCGCUGCCAAUGGAAGUACACUGGCAGCACAGGAUGUGAUAAAACACUGCCAUUUUCACUCCCAGGAAAAACAAGAGGGUGGCCAAAAUUUGGACUGUAACUUCUCUCAGCUUAGCAGUACCACGGAUAACUCGUCUGUCACGUCUGGGGCCUCACAAGCCACUGUUCUCGUCUCUACGCCGAUUGUACGACUUCUAAAAGGAAUUCGUCCGGAACCAGAAGGGGAGGUUUCCAGAGCUCAAGCGUCUCUACUUCUGGCCGAGAAGCCAGAAAUGGAGCCGGAAAAGCAGGACGACCCCAUUAAAGGUCUCUCGGACUUUAAAGUGAUCGAGAGUGAGGCUUUCGCAGAGCAGCCCACAAGGAUCGUGUGCCCUGAAGAACACGGAGUCACUAACGGGUCUGAAAAGCGAAGUGAAGGAGGCCCGAGCGAAGUCGGUGGGCUGGCUGUCGAGGUUCUCGACGGUGCUACAGGAGAGAUCCCGGCAAUCGGUGGUGGCAUUUUAAAAAGAAAAAGUCACUCUGAACCGAGGGUAACUCCACAAAGCCAAGUGCGACUUCGAAAAGAAAUCGACGAGAAUAACAGUUUAGCGGUCACUAAGGAAGAUCUUGGUGCUCUUACUCAGACAGCGGAGGAAAGCGCCUCUUCGGCACACAAGCCGAGUAACCUCCCUUCGAUGUUCCCAGCAGGAGAGGGUUCAGGUUGUAGCACGUGGCGUUCAGAGGAUAGCGUAGACUCAGAGAAAGCUUCAAGCAAGUCUCGAGCUGUGGAGAAGACAUCAUCCGCUGUUCCGUUAUCUUCAGGAAGUCGUUACGCCGUAGCCCGAAAAAAUGAAAAACUCUCAAGACAAAAGUCAGAUGCCUCUAAAGGUGCUAACGGAGUACAGUGUGCGAACGGAGAGAGCGGAGUCACCAGCAAAAGAGCCACGCAGUCUAGUUCACCCCACACUCUGUGGAACAUCGAGGUGCCAUCUCACCUCAUUGGGCGAUUAAUUGGAAAGAAAGGGACUUAUAUCUCUUCCCUGAAGGAAAGUUCUGGCGCAAAGAUCUACGUGUCAACUCUUCCAUACACGCAUGAGUUUCAGGUCUGUCACAUAGAGGGGUCUGAGGCGCAGGUGGAAAAAGCUCUGGCGCUGAUCAGAAAAAAGUUCAAAGAUUUGGAUUUGAGCAACCGGCUGAGCAGUUUACAAUCUGCUGCAGUCCAUCCACUACCCAUCACUUCCUGGCUACUGCUCCCUCAGGACAGAACUGUGGAGGUAAUCGUACCUCGGGUGGAGGCAGCAAACUACCUGUUUGUUCAGCAGCACAAACACCCCACCUAUUACGGCCUGCACGGUCUCUCAGAGCAGAUGCUCUUCUGCUACAGCCAUUCAGGAUGCCCCAGCCUGCCCACUCCUGUGGAAGCGGGAGUGUUGUGCGCGGCCCCGUCUCCCGACGGUGCCUGGUGGAGAGCUCAGGUUAUCCAGCAUUACAAAGACUCCAACUUCGUACAGAUCAGAUACGUGGACUACGGAGGCUACGUGACCGUUCACCUCGCUUCUCUGAAGCAGAUCAGGUCUGAUUUUAUGACGUUGCCUUUCCAAGCGUCUGAAGUUAUGUUGGAAAACAUCGCGCCUUCGCCAGGAACGGGGAAGUUUUCAACUGAAGCCAAAGAGGCUCUUGAGGAAUUAACACAAGGCGUUCCUUUAAUCAUGAAGGUGACUUGCAGUCAGAACGGACUGCCCUUAGUGCACAUGUGGAGAUAUAGAGGAGAAGAGAUGAUUUCGGUGAACGGAGCGCUGGUGGAACGUGGGCUUUGCUCGUGGUUGGACAGCCACUGAUGGUGAAGGCCUGUACUGUAGACGUCUACUAAACCUCUGCUCCCCGUAGUCUGUACUCUUUGUUCACACGGGCCUCGGUGCGCGCACAGCCGUGCUCCUUGUAUCAUGUAGAACUCAUGCCGUUUAAAUUUCUGCAUAUUAAAAUGAACUGACUUCCUUGAGGAAAAAAAUAAAUAAAAGAGAGGAAAAAAAAUAUAUGAAGGGAUUCAGCAUGAACUUUGGAGCAGAUUACGGUCAGAUUGUAGUACUCCAUUACAGUAUGUUUAUUAUCAUUUCUGUAUAAGAUUUAAGGAGUUUUUCCUGAUUGGACAGAUUUGUAAUGCUCAAUUGUUUUUCUUUGUAUCUCUGAGGUACAUCUCUGAAACUUUGUCAGGAGUUGAGUGAACGUGUAUAUACUGAUUUACGUCUAAUUCUUUAUCGCGGCUUUGUUACGGUCACUUUUUUUUUUUUUUUAAAUUUCUAAUUUAUUUUGUGUUCUUUUUCUGCACGUCUUUUCCCAUUUUUUUUUUUUGUUUUUUAAAAAUGGGGAAUCUUAAGUAGGAUGUGGAUGUAAUGUGAGCCUACUGGCGUCAGGCUGCUAGGCUAAAGAGCAGAUUAAAGAAAAACAUCUUUCUGAAGAAAGGCACUCGGGGGUGGGGUGUUACUAUCUUUGCUAUAUUAAGAUAAAAAAUAAAAUGAAAGAAACCCU